UACAGAUAUUUAAGUGGGUGAUACAAUAUUAUCUGUAGGCACAAUAUUUUAUAGCAAAUCACUAGAAUUUAUUCAUCUUGCAUAACUAGAACUUAAUACCUAUUUAUUAGCAACCUCCCAUGACAACUAUGAAUGUAUUCUUUGCUUCUAUGAUUUUGACUAUCUUAGCUACCCCAUAUAAGUAGAAUAAUGUGGUAUCUGUCUAUCUCUGCGUUUUUAACCUCAGUAUAAUGUCCUUAGGCUCAUUCAUGUUAGCACACAGUACAGAAUUUUUUCUUUUUAAAAGUUGAAUAGAUUUUCAUUGUAUGCAUAUACUAUUUUUUGGCCAUUCAUCUUUUGAUAGAUAUUUAAAUUUCCCCACACAUUUUGUAUAUAAUGGAAAGUGGGUAGAAUGAAUAAGGAAGUGCUGUCUUUAAGAUCCUGAUUUCAUUGGUUAAAUGCUAUAAGUAGGGUUGUUGAAUAAUAUAAUUCUAUUUGUAAUUUUUUUGAGGAACAUCUAUAUUGUUUUCCCUAGUGACUGCACCAUUUUGGAUUCCUACCAACAACAGACAGGGGUUCCAUAUUCUCCACAUCUUUGCCAAUACUUUUAAAAAUAAAUAAUAGCUAUUCCAUUGGGUGUGAAUCAAAUGUGACUCCAUUAGGCUUAGUAUAAGGAUCAGUUAGUAUGAGCUAGUUGAAUAAUUUAUGUGAAUUUAUAUAUUGAGAAAAUUUAUUCAACUUUCCAUUUUACUACAAGAUAAUGAUCAGUUGUGUUUUCUGUAGACAUACAUCUCAUAAAAAGCAACAGGCUUUGCUGCUGUUCAUCAGGUAUUUACAGAACAAUGGCCAACAACACCAGUCAACUGAAGUCUUACUGGCACAGCUACUGAGAAAAAUGUUGACUUUGAACUUGAUAUACGGGUUAAAAUUGAUAGUGGAAAAUGUGUACUCCACCCAACCAUCCUUCUACAAGAACAUGAUGAUAUAAGUUUGAGAAGGAGUUAUGAUCGAAGUUCCAGGAGCUUAGAUCAAGAUUCUCCUUCAAAAAAGAAGAAAUUCCAAACUAAUUAUGCUUCUACCACCCAUUUAAUGAGUGGCAAGAAAGUGCUGUCAUCUAUAUAGACAAAAGCUAGUGACUUAGAAACAACAGUAUUUUAUAUGCCUGGAGUUGAUGUAAAUUUGCAUUACAAUUCUAAGAUGCUAAAGACUGAAUCACCUAAUGCUUCUAGAGGAUCUUCCUUGCCAAGAACUCUCUCCAAAGAGUCCAAACUGUAUGGUAUGAAAGAUAGUGCAACAUCUCCUCCUUCUCCUUUACCUUGCACUGUCCAGAGCAAGACUAACACCUUACUUCCUCCCCAGCCCCCACCUAUACCCUCAGCCAAAGGAAAAGGAAGUGGAGGAGUAAAAACAGCCAAGUUAUAUGCCUGGGUAGCACUUCAGUCAUUGCCAGAAGAAAUGGUUAUUAGCCCCUGCCUUUUAGACUUUCUGGAAAAGGCUCUAGAAACUAUCCCAGUUACACCAAUUGAAAGGAAUUAUACAGCUGUUAGCUCACAAGAUGAAGAUAUGGGACAUUUUGACAUACCAGAUCCUAUGGAAGAAUCAACAACAUCAUUAGUAUCUUCUUCAACAUCUGCUUACUCUUCCUUCCCUGUAGAUGUUGUGGUUUAUGUACGAGUUCAGCCCUCACAGAUCAAAUUUAGCUGUUUACCAGUGUCAAGAGUAGAAUGUAUGCUAAAGCUUCCAUCCUUGGGCUUGAUGUUUUCUUCAAACCGAGGAGAACUGGAGACUUUAGGGACAACAUAUCCUGCAGAGACUUUAUCUCCUGAAAGUAAUGCAUCUCAGAGUGGAACAAAGACCUCUGGUAGCCAAACUGGAAUACCAGGCUCAUCAGGAUUAGGCAGCCCUCUUGGCAGAAGCCGGCACAGCAGCAGUCAAUCAGAUCUCACCAGCUCCAGCAGCAGUUCAUCUGGCCUGAGCUUCACUGUGUGCAUGUCUGACUUCUCCCUUUAUAUAUUUCAUCCAUAUGGAGCAGGGAAACAAAAAAACUGCUGUUUCUGGCCUCACACCUGGAUUAGGAGAAUUAGGGAAUGUGGAUGAGGAACCCACUUGAAUGACUGGUUGAAAACACUCUCUCAGUAUAAACCUUGAAUUUGUAAAAAGUGAAUUUGUCUCAGAUAAGGCGUUCAGGAGGUGCUUCAUUUUUUGAAAGUCAGUCUGUAAGCAAGUCUGCAAGCAAAAUGCACACUACAUUGAUAAAUAUAUCUGCUGUUUGUGAUAUUGGGUCUGCCUCCUUUAAAUAUGAUAUGUGCUGACUCAGUGAAAUUCUGGCAUUUUCAAGAGCCUGGUAUAGGAGAAGUAUUGCAAGACGUCUGUUCCUCAGAGACCAAACUAUAAAUUUGCCAACAUCUGGUCCAGGGACACCUGAUUCCAUUGAAGGAGUAAGCCAGCACCUUUCCCAUGAAUCAUCUAGAAAAGCUUAUUGCAGGACCUAGGAAC